AUGUUUGUGAAGGCUGCCAUUGUCCUUGCCCUUGCCGCCGUGGUCUACGGAGGAGGCCUAGCUCCUUUCGGAGGCCACAGCCAGCAGCACAGAAAACAAGAUGAUUUUGGACGCUACAGCUUUGGAUACCACGUCGUAAACGGCUUGGGCGCAGUCAACGGUCGCCAAGAGUCCGGCGUCCCGUACGGUCCCGUCGUUGGUACCUACUAUCUGGGUGACAUCGACGGAAGACACCGUACCGUCAGCUACGUAGCCGAUAAGCUUGGAUUCCGUGCUCAGGUCAAGACCAACGAGCCUGGAACUAAGACAAGUCUCGCCGCUGCUGCCCCAACGUUUUCUGCCUUCGGCAAGACAGUCCCGGCUGCUGGGUUUGGAUAUGGCGGGGGCUACGGUUACGGCGGUGGAUAUGGUGGGGGCUACGGUUACGGCGGUGGAUAUGGAUUGGGCAGGGGAUUCGGAUAUGGCUACGGUCGUUAA